UGACUCACCCAAGACCUCAUAAGCCCGCUUCCUACUUCCAAUCUACCGGUUUUACAGCUCACUACAGCACAAGCUCUCUUUCCCACGGGUUCAGUGUCUUGAUCCCGCGGUACGUCGUGCUGGAAUGACCUACUCACUGGUAAGCCGAUGCACAUGCCAUCUGCCGAUUUUCCGGCUCAAUCACGUCGAGGUAGGGCAGGCAACGAACGGCCGACGGAGAUUUGUCCGUUGUGCCAAAUGAAUGCAUGGAUACCCGAAUUCGGCGUCGUGUUUUCUUGCACUCGAAAAAUGACUUUUUCUUCUUCGCGCAUGGCAAGUUCGUCUGAACAAUACAGACAGACAGAAAGACGGUCUGCUUACCGCCUUUCCAUCUCGUUACCUAGCCCCCCCUUCACCCCCCCUUCCCAUCUCCUCCCGGUCAGUAAAUGCACGAAUUUCAGUCUAGAGCCCCUCCCUACAUGUCAAGCGCAUCGGCAUCUGCAUCUGCCUACACACACACUCACACACACACGUUUUAUUUAUUUUUCACGACUCAGCGACGCGCACACACAUUACAUGCACGAACCCAUCUGUCAUCGUCUCAGCAAGUCAUUUCCAGCGCAUGUCAUGCCUCGCGAACCAAAUCAGAGAAGCCACGCAUGCACACACGGCGCUACACACGGUGACAUACAACUACGGUUCUUAUCCGGCACUUUCUGCGCCCCCGGUUGAAACACGCGAGCGACUACCUACCGGUCCUCGGGAACCGACCCGGCACUGCAACCCGACGCCGAUACUGGUACCGAUACCCCAGAUGUUCACGUUGAUUCGGCUAGCAAGGUAGGUAGAGAGGUAGGUUACGUAGGUACCUGGCCUUGUCUUAUCAGUCGGGCCUCAAGC